AUGGACGGCAUUAUCACUCGUUUGCGUUCCACAGUGUCUGGCGCCCUUCCAGGCAACCCUGUUACUAGAGAAUAUGAGCUUGAAGCUCAGGUUGCUUCAUCAGGACCAGGUCUUUUAUGGAAACUGUAUGCUGCAUCGAAAAAGUCUUCGAAGGAGCCUGCGACUGUGUGGAUUUUUGAAAAGAAGCUACUUGAUCGUUUUUCAAAACGCGACAAAGAAAUGAUUAUUGAAAAACUAAAGGAAGGCGUGGCUUCCCUAACACGCUUUCGACACCCACGGGUCCUGUCAGUUGUUCAUCCAUUGGAGGAAUCCCGUGAAAGCCUCGGCUUCGCAACUGAACCGCUUUUCACUUCGUUGGCUAAUGCCUUGGGAAAAAGAGAGAACUUUAGUGGCCCAAAUCUUGACAAAUUGCGGAAUUUUAAGUUCACUGAAACCGAACUCAAAUAUGGAAUUAUUCAGAUCUGUGAGGCUUUGGCAUUCAUCCACCGGGACGGCCAUCGAGUCCAUCUUAACGUGUCGCCUCAAUCAAUCGUUGUAAACCGUCUCGGUUCAUGGAAGCUUUGCGGCUUCGAGUUCUCCUGUUCUACAGCGGAGUCCGGAGGGGAGGGUGUCAGUGUACCCUCCUGGCAGUCUUCCAUCCCGCCACUUUGUCAACCCCACCUCGACUAUUGUGCGCCUGAAGUCGUCAUCGAGGGCAGGGGGUACACGGCCAGUGAUCUCUUCUCUGUUGGAAUGUUGAUCCACGCUCUCUACAACGACGGAGAGACCAUUCUUGACUGUCGCGAAAGCUACGGUUCUUAUAGGGAUGCCGUGAAAAAGCUGAAGCCGCUAGCUCCAACUCGACUGGCCAAUGUCCCCGAGGGAAUUCGAGAAUACGUGAAGAUGUUAGUUCAGCCCGACGUCUCUGUUCGCCCGGAUGCUCACGAAAUACUGAAGGUUCCCUUCCUGGACGACGCCAAUGUUGCCUCCCUGAAGAGUCUAGAUGAGCUCUACCAACUGGACAAUCUUGCUCGAUCGAAAUUCUACAAGAACCUCCCCAAUUCCAUCAAAAGUUUGCCACCUCGCAUCAACUUGCAUCGCGUGUUCCCUCAGCUAGCGGAGGAGUUUUCGAACAAGAGCAUGAUCCCCUUCGUGCUUCCUUCAAUCCUCCAAAUAAUCAAUAUGGUUAGCCGGGAGGACGUGGCUGCCUACAUAAUGCCUCGGUUCAAGCACGUGCUUGCCUUAAAUGAACCUGUGCAGAUAAUUCUAGUGCUGCUGCAGAAUUUGGGGAUUCUGGUUGCAAAAUUGUCACCAGCUGACUUCAAGACCUAUGCCCUGCCCAUACUGAACUCUGCCCUCGAGACGAACACAAAUGCUGUCCUUGAACUGUGCCUGGCGAGUUUACCAGAGGUCGCCCAACUAAUGGACUACAGUGUCUUGAAGAGCAGCAUCAUCCCGCGCCUCAAGAAAGUCUACGUCCGCGUUGAACUGGUCGACAUACGCCUUGAAGUCUUGAUAUGCAUGGCCAAAAUGCUCGAGUACUUGGACAAGUGGUGUGCCAUGGACGAUGUCCUCGCUUUCCUCACCGAAGUCAGGUCACGUGAGCCGAAGAUCCUCGUGGCUGUUCUAGCAAUCUAUCGGAUCGCUUUCAGCCACAAACAGUUGGGCAUAUCGCGGGACGUCCUUGCCUCGAGGUCAAUUCCACAUUUACUGCAAAUCUCGAUGGACUAUAACCUCUCGCCUCAACAGUACGCUGCCUUCGCGGAUCUCCUGCGAGAAAUGUUCGCCGCCAUCGAAAGCGAACAGCGCGCCAAGCUGGCUGAAAUUCACAGUCUUGGCGAAGAUGCAGCAGCAAUCGUGGCGCCAACGACGAAUUUCAACGGGACAGCGCCGGAAAUAGUAAGGUUAACGCCCUACCCCAGUCAUUUGCUCUCAUUGACCAAGAUAACCCCCCUCGAUUAUGCAACCCCCCAGGUUGAUUCGUUGAUGUCGUCGCUCGCUGGAGUGAACCGGUCUCACAAACGUGUCAUUCCCGCCUCCGACGAUGCAAAGACUAGCAACGGACGUGUUGGCGAUGGUGGUGGUAGUCAAGCGGGGUUCGUCAAUCAGCACCGAACACUGGAAGAGAAGAAGAGAGCAAUGGCAGGCGCGGAAAAUUUGCAUCGACUCCAACAGCAGCCGGACCUCCUCACACCAAGGACGUCUCCGAUCCCUCCAACGAAGCCAGUCCCCAAGGACCUCACAGACCAAUUAAUUGAAUCCAAUAUUAUGCUCAACUGGAAGCCACCAAGCACUGGACCCACGCUCCCUCAGGCGUCUGCGUUCAACAGCCUCGGGGGAGCGCACCUUCCACAACAGCGACCCAACUACCAGGCGUUUGGUGGAGUGCUACCCCCGAAAGAACCUACGCACCCUCCUCAACAGUUCGUCAACCAACUCCCUCCAACGUCCACAAUGUAUGGCCGACCGACGGCGCCUGUGUACUUCAACCAGCCACCUCUUCUUCAGCCCCAGCCCACAUCGAAUCCCACCACGCAAACCGUUCCCUUGUCUGAAUCGGAUAUUGCUGACCUCUUGGGUUGA